AUGUCGUCCUUCAGCUCCGUUGUGCGCAAACCAGGGCAGAAGAUUACUCCCAGAGCCGCCCCUCGAAGAAACGUGCAACGCCACUCACAGAAGCCUGCUGCAACAGAGGCGAGUGUGCUCACUCCGGAAAGCCUACCACAAAGUCCUGUCACUCAACCUGUGCAAACGCUGCAACCAGAUGAUGGACCUCUUGGUCCCGCUGGCGAUACCACUCUUGCUCUGACCCCACCGGCCACUGCAGCCGAGCAAAAUGCUGGAGAAGGCGAUAUUGAGGGCGCAAGAGAGCCAACACCGGAAGCACAGCCAAUUGCUAACGUAGCGAGCCCCGAACGUCGAAGACAGAGCGCUGUUCCUAUCGUUGCUACAACAGAUACCAGCCCAAACACACGGCAAAAGAACCGCAUCGAAGCCGAAAAUAAUGCAUCUGGUGUCGAGAAUGGAACGACAGACAGCGCGUAUACGGUGCCAGACUUUGCGGAACCUCCGGCGAAGCGACCAAGAGUUGCGCCGCCCGAAGCAGGCCCUGUACCCGGCCCAUCUGCCAUCUCGACCUCCUCGCAGCCGCUUGGAAUGAUUCGAAGGGGCAGUGCCCGCUCUGGUGAGGGACCAAGUCCUGGCACCGAUGCCGAAUUGCAAGAUGUGAGUUCUCGACUGCGAGCAGUCUCCGAGCUAGCCAACUCAAUCGAGACGCGCACUCGUGCAUCCCGGUCCCGUACGGGGCAUCGCUCAACAGCAGACCCAGACAGUGAGUAUGAGGAGUUAGCGUCACAGUCGCCCCGCAGCCGACAAAGAGCUUCGAGAAGUGUAGCACUCGAGGACGCUGCAGCUGCCGUUGUUGCAAAGGCCGUUCGUAGUAGCAACCGUGGCAGAAAGCGGCAUCGCCGUGGCCAGACCCCUAAAGAUGCCGAAGACCACGAGAUUGACACAAUAAAGACAUCGAUGAUGGACCUCGCCAAUGAUACUGGCCUCGGAAAGCGCUCGGACACCGGAAAGCGACUUGAGACUGAGUGGGACGAGAUCAAACAACGCUGGGACCAAAAACUCGAGCAUAACCGUUCAAAAGCCAAAAUGAAGCCCGCUCAGCGGAAAGCGGCUAGACCGACAGGAGCAGGCGAUGAAGAUGAAGUCCUUGAUGACACGUCAAACUUUGCUCCGCCUGUUGAGAAAUUCAUCCUUGUGGAUGGUCGCAUGGUCAUUGCAGAAGAAUCCCGUCAGGUGGACUUCGCCCACAACAUCGAAGCUCGUGCCCGUGAUAUUGACGAAGCUGUGGUUCAGAGUGAUGAACGCAUCUACAAUUACGUCAACCAGAACCGCAUUGGCAAGAAAGCUGGACUGCGUACGCUGACCAGGUGGAAUGACGAGUUGACAGAGAAGUUCUAUCACGGGCUGCGCGUUUUUGGCACGGAUUUUGAGCUGAUUUCAAGCCUCUUUGGUGGAGGCUGGACUCGGCGGCAGAUCAAAGCCAAAUACGUGCGUGAAGAGAGACUUCAUCUUCACAGAAUCCGAGCGGCCUUGGCUGAGCGUGAGCAUAUUGACCUAAACAGCUACGGUGCGAUGAUCGAAGGUGAUGUCAGUGGAUUGCGAGACCCAAAGGAGAUCGAGGCUGAGCUCGAAGCGGAAGAGAAGCGAAUUCGUGAAGAGUACGAGAAGGCUAAGCGAGGCGAUCAUUUUGUCGAGGACGAUGCUGACAGGCCUGUGGAUUCGAUCGAAACUGACCAGGCUGCUGAAGGUGAGGUUGAGCGACCAUCGUCAACUCCAGGUGUGGAGGGUGGCCGCUUUGCCGGACUGGCCGAAAAGGUUGUCAGAAAAGCGGUGCAGCCUCGGAAGAAGCAGUCACAGAAGCAGCGCGAGCAAAGCGGUACAAGCAGGGCUAGCUUGGCGGGCAAGAAAGGCACCCGCGGCAAGAAGCCUUUGGAGGGCGUGGAAGAGCGCAUCGGCAAUGUUGGCGAUGUCGAACUCUGA